AUGGCUUCGUUACAAUCUCUAAAAGCACCUACUGGUUUAAGCAAAAAGACACAAAAAGAAAUACAAGCCGAUGAGGAUGAAGAUGUUGUCAUCGACGCCAACGCUUUACCCAGUCAACCACAACAACAACCUUCAGAAGACGAUGUCAUGAUGGACGAAGGAUCAUCAACCGAUAAACCCAACUUUGCGCCUGCCAGUGCUUCUGAAUUAAAGAAAGUGACAAAGGGUGCACGAAAGAUACCUAUUCCUCCUCACCGUAUGUCACCUUUGAAAAGACACUGGUUGGAAAUCUAUUCACCUUUAGUUGAGCAUAUGAAAUUACAAGUGAGGAUGAAUAUCAAAUCAAAAACAGUUGAACUUAAGACGUCUCCCAAAACUGAAGAUGAUGGCGCUUUACAAAAGGGUGCGGAUUUUGUCAAAGCUUUUGCUUUAGGUUUUGAAGUAGAAGAUGCUAUGGCUUUAUUGAGAUUAGACGAUAUUUAUUUGGAUACAUUCGAAAUUAAGGACGUAAAGACUUUACAUGGAGAUCAUUUAGCUCGUGCUAUUGGUCGUAUUGCAGGUCGUGAUGGUAAAACAAAGUUCACAAUCGAAAAUGCUAGUAAAACAAGAAUUGUAUUAGCAGAUACCAAGAUUCACAUUCUAGGUUCAUUCCAAAAUAUUAAAAUUGCUCGUGAUGCUGUUGUUAGUCUUAUUCUGGGUAGUCCACCUGGUAAAGUGUACGCUACUCUUCGUACUAUUUCUGCUCGUAUGAAAGAACGAUUUUAA